AAUUUACAAAAAAGCCACCAGCAUCUUCUUGAAUUGAUUCUUCUUCACAAGGAAAGGAAACUAGCCGUUACAGCAUCUUCUCUUCAAAUCAAAAAAAUUCACAAUCUUCAUCAAAUCAUUUCAGAGAUCCCUUCUUCUCCAAUUCCCCCAUUGAUUGCAAAUCAAACACAUUUAAACUCUUUCUCUCUCCUCUCUCUCUCUCUCUACAAUGGCGGCUCAUCCAAACAGAUCCCCCUCUCCACUUUCCUCCAGACCCAGUAACCCUACUAACCCUAAUAACCCUAAUCCAAGAAAUUCAGAAAACAAUCCAUCAAUCCGUAGAAGUUUCAGUGGGAACACUUCUGCCAAACCCUCCCUUCUCACUAAUCAAAGAAGAUUCGACCCCGUCACUCCUGCCAAUAGCCCAUCAGAUUUUGCGAGACGGAGAUCGGCGGGUAGUAAAGAAGGGAAAAGUUGCGAAGAAAAGGAGAACGACGAAAAAGAUCACAAUUUGAUGAAACCCUCGAGACUCCAAUCUCCUGCGAAGGGCUCCAAGAACUUCAUGUCUCCGACAAUUUCCGCCGCCUCAAAGUUCACUCCUUCACCGAGAAAGAAAGUACUUGUGGAAAGAAGCGACCCCCUUCGAACCUCAAUCUCCUUAUCCGAUGGAAAAGCCAUGUUCUUCUCCACCACAUCUCCAAACGUCUCCUCAGAUUUCGAGUCGAAAUCCGAAAGUGAUCAUCCGAUUUCCAAGCCUCCAAAAAGAGUGACCUUUUCAGAUGUCCCUUCAGAAUCAUUAGUUCCUGAUAAUGAUUCUGAUGAAAGCUCGAAAUUCGAAACGGGUUUAAAGAAUCUUUCGUCCGCUUCUCCUUCAAUAGCCCCUCUUGAUGCCGAUCCGUCUUUACCGCCUUACGAUCCGAAAACCAACUACUUGUCUCCAAGGCCUCAGUUUCUUCAUUACAGACCUAAUCCAAGAAUCGGAAUUCUCUUGAACAAAGAAAAGGGUCUCGAUGGAGACGAUUUCAACCCGCUUCUAGAAGAUAGCUUUAUGGCGAAUAUUAUGUCCGAAAACUUUUCGGACUCUGAGUGUACAGAGGAAUCUCAGACUGAUUCUGCAGACAUGGUGAUAGGUCUAGACGAAACCGAAGAAAAUUCCCCUGUUCCGGAACCUUCCGAAUCACCACCGGUGACCAUUAGUACAACCCCCAAUGAGAAUCUUGUUCAGAAACCGGAAAAGAAGCCACGGGUGGUCACCCUCUCUAGAUUCGUGUGUUUCUCUGUUGUUACAAUGUUGUUAGUAGCUUGUGUGUCGAUCUCUGUCACACCUUCUUCUUCGCUCGAUAAGUUUGCGAUUAAAGACUUGAGCUUGUCUGAUAUGAGUGGCAACUUGUAUCAACAAUCUAGAGUUGCUGCUUAUUCCGCCAGAGUGAGCCUUGAUCGGCUAGCGACGCGUGUUAAUGAGUUCUCGGUGAAUUCUUUGUCUUUCGUGUCUAGUCUUUAUAAUGAGCUCGGCGAAGGAGAGAAACUAGGCACACUACAGUUUAUGAACCUCUCUGAUCUGCAAAAGAAUGUUUGGAAUGAGGCGAAUUUUCUGAGCAACGAAAUCCAAGAGGAACUAGUGGAGGAAGAAGAAGAAGAAGAAGAAUCGGAGGAGUCGGAUUCUGAAAUGGAUGUAUACGAAGAAGCUGGUUUUGAUGCGAACUUGGAGGAGGAAUUCGACACACUAGAGUCUGAAUAUUUGGAACAUAUUCAGAUUGAAGGAGAGGCUAUCGCUACUGUCUCUACUACCAACAUCUCUGCUAAUCAUCAAUUAACUGUUAUUUCGCAGAAUCAAGAAAUCGAACUUGAUGUUGCUGCGAAAAUAUCUGCAGAUCAUGAAUUAGCUGAUAUUUCGCAGAAUCAAGAAAUUGAACUUGAUGUUGUUGCGAAAAUAUCUGUAGAUCAUGAAUUAGCUGAUAUUUCGCAGAAUCAAGAAAUCGAACUUGAUGUUGCUGCAGAAAUAUCUGCAGAUCAUGAAUCAGCUGAUAUUUCGCAGAAUCAAGUAAUCGAACUUGAUUUUGCGAAAAACUCUGCAGAUCAUGAAUUAGCUGAUAUUUCGCAGAAUCAAGAAAUCGAACUUGAUGUUGUUGAGCAAAACUCUGCAGAUCAUCAGUUAGCUGAUAUUACUCAGCUGGAUCAAGAAAGUGAAGUUGCGGUUGAAGUUGCUUCUUCGGUGGAACACGAGAGCCAGUCGGAAAUUUCUUCGUCACCUUAUGAAAAGAAGUUUCUUAAAAACUAUAUCAUGGAAAUUUCUUAUCUCUUUGCAGCAGCUGUAUUGGCACUGACUACACUUACAACCGUGGUGUACAAAAAAUACGAGAGAAUUUCCAGUCCCGUCAAUGUUGUGCCGAGCGAGGAGCAUAACAAUAAUAAAAGCCACCACCAAGAAAAGGCGUUUUCGCAGAAUUGGCAAACGGAGGCAGAUGAGAUUGGCGACGAAUCAUCUUGCCCCUCGGAAAUGAGCAGCUUUCAAAAAACUGAAUCUUUUUAUAAUAGCAGCAAGAAAGAACGCAAAGUCGGAGGAGCGAGUGAAGUGCAAAGCUUGGAGAAGAACAAGGCAAGAAAGUAUUCUUCAAAACGGGAGUCGUUGGCUUCUUCUGGAUCGGAGUUUUCACCUUCUUACGGGAGCUUCACCACUUUCGAAAGAAUCCCUAUUAAGCUUGCUGGCGGAGAUGAAGAAGAGAUUGUAACUCCGGUGAGACGGUCGAGCAGGAUCAGAAAUCAUUACGUCACAUCUCCAUGACCAAUUUGAAUUUUUCGAUGUUAGUUUAGUCGUAGGGGCUUAGCUUAAGCACAUCUCUGAUGUGGGAAAAACUAGAAGUUUGUUGCCUAGUUUCUGACUUAGUUUUUUUUUUUUUUUUUUUUUUUUUUUUUUUUUUUUUUUUGUAUCCGUUUGAAACGAUGAUGUCUUUUUCGAUUCUAUUGUUUCGACAUUCGUAUU